CUGCGACUGCCACGUCACUGAGCGGAGACACGGCAGCUAAUGUUAGCCAGUGGCUAGCAGCUGGCCGGGCAAUAAUGUGACAUAUUCUGGGAGGGAGGACUUACUCUGUUUCACCGCAAAACGAGCAAAUUUGUGGCCACAAGUGGGAGCACUCCGCCGAGGCCGCUUUCCUAGCAAGACCUCAGAAGUCGCCUGGUAAAUGUAGCUGAUGUAGUUUUUCUGCUGUAUGUCUCCACGAAGGUCACGAUGAUAAGUGAAAAAAAUGCAGUGGAGCUUCCAAACAAGCCGGCCCUCCCUCCUUCAGUAGACUGUUAUGUGAUUUUAAUACAGUAAACCUGCUACCUGAAGACAAUCCACAUCAUGGGAAGGAUCAGCUUUUCGUGCCUUUUCCCAGCCUCCUGGCAUUUCAGCCUGUCCUCCCAGGUUCUUCCUCGGCUCUUGAUCCCUUCCCUCAGACAGCUGCUCUUUAUCGGCCUGGUGGUGUGCCUGGUCGGCCUGCUCUACCUGCUGCUCGUCACCGGACAGGGCCAUGCCAGCUGGAGCAGAAAGGACAGUCACUUCCACAGACACUUGGCAAGGGUGACUGAUGUGGAGGCAACAGACACAAGCAAUCCCAACCUGAACUAUGGCCUGGUGGUGGACUGCGGCAGCAGCGGCUCCAGGGUGUUCGUGUACUGCUGGCCCCGGCACAACGGCAACCCCCAUGAGCUCCUGGACAUCCGGCAAAUGAGAGAUCAGCACCGCAAGCCAGUGGUCAUGAAGAUCAAGCCAGGCAUCUCUGAAUUGGCCACAACACCGGAGAAAGCCAGUGAUUACAUCUAUCCUCUGCUGAGCUUUGCAGCCCAACACAUCCCCAAAAAUAAGCACCAAGAAACGCCCUUGUACAUCCUAUGCACGGCUGGAAUGAGGAUACUACCUGACAGUCAACAAGAAGCACUUCUUGAGGAUCUGCGGACAGACAUCCCAGUCCACUUCAACUUCCUCUUCUCUGAUUCCCAUGUGGAAGUAAUUUCUGGCAAGCAGGAAGGUGUGUAUGCAUGGAUUGGAAUCAACUUUGUCCUUGGAAGGUUUAACCAUGUGCACAACGAUGGGGAAGCUGUCGUUGAAGUGCAGGUCCCAGGCGGCGAUCAGCAGGAGGCGCUGGUGAGGAAAAGGACGGCGGGUGUCCUGGACAUGGGCGGGGUCUCCACACAGAUCGCAUACGAAGUGCCCAAAACUGUAAGCUUUGCUUCUCCACAACAGGAGGAAGUUGCCAAGAACUUGCUGGCAGAGUUCAACUUGGGCUGUGACGCACAUCGCACAGAGCAUGUUUAUCGUGUUUAUGUGUCCACCUUCCUGGGCUUUGGGGGAAAUGCAGCACGCCAAAGAUACGAAGAGAGCCUCGUCAGAAACACUGCCACGCGAAAUAAGCUGUUAGGCCAGCAUGUAGGUGAGUCAGUGGAGUCUCCCCUCCUGGACCCCUGCCUCCCCUCAGACCUGCAGGACGAGGUUGGCCCGCCGACACAGAGGCUCUAUCUGCGAGGCACGGGGGACUUUGACCAGUGCAGGCAGCUGCUCCAGCCGUUCCUCAACCGCACCAAUGAGACUCAGACCUCCCUGAACGGGAUCUACCAGCCCGCCAUCGACUACAGCAACAGCCAGUUCUACGGCUUCUCUGAGUUUUACUACUGUACGGAGGAUGUGCUGCGCAUGGGAGGAGACUAUAACUCCUCUAAAUACGCCCGGGCUGCCAAGAGUUACUGUGCCACGCAGUGGAGGACUUUGAAGGAACGCUUUGACUCUGGCUUGUACGCCUCACACGCUGAUCUUCACAGGUUGAAGUACCAGUGUUUUAAAUCAGCAUGGAUGUAUGAGGUAUUCCACUCCGGCUUCUCUUUCCCAACAAAUUAUAAAAACCUCAAGACCGCCCUUUUGGUCUAUGACAAAGAGGUCCAGUGGACUCUAGGAGCUAUCCUUUACAGAACACGUUUUCUGCCUUUGAGGGACAUUCAGCAGGAAAGCCUCAAAGGAGCGCACUCCCACUGGCGGCACAGCUUCUCCUUUGUCAACAACCACUACUUAUUCCUGGCCUGCUUCUUCAUUGUCUUGUUGUCUAUUCUGCUGUACUUACUGCGUCUUCGCCGCAUCCACCGGCGUGCGGCCCAGCGCUGCACCCCAUCUGCUGUACCAUGGCUGGAAGAGGGCCUGGGCUCGCCCACACUUCCUAUCAACCUCUAAACUUUUACAGUGUCAAGUCUGGACCAUAUGUCUGACUUUCCAAAGCCAAUCUCCACUCCUUUCCUUUCCAUCUGCUUGUUCAUUUCUGGGUGCAGGGCCAAUUUCCCUGAGGGGACAAUAAAUUAAAUUGAAUUGAAUUUAGUCAGCCUUCAUCAGUAGGCUGCUAUCCUGUCAUGACUUGACUGUUGAUCAAGUCCAGUAAACAGGUAAAGUUGUGAGGAAGAUCUCGCAUGAUGAUUUUUUUCAGACUUCACUCAGCUGUGAGAAUGUGUAUGUUUAUGUUAAGUUAUUUUGUUUGAUAUCAAAGUGUCUGCCUUUUUGUUUGCUACAAAUGUGACUGAGGUACAAAAAGAUUACCAAUUCUUGUCCUGUGCUCCUACUCGAAUGGCAGCUGCCUCCAAGUGUCUGUUAAAAUUGCAGAAAUGUCAGUGAGACAUAGUUACUGGCACUUUGCUGGUUAGGUAAUACUCUGUAUCCAAAUCACAAUUCAAAUGUACUUUGAAUUUCACACAGAUGGACUCUGGUAAAAUAUGCCAUAUGGAAGCAAUUUCUUUCAUUGUUUAUAUCCAUGUGUGUGCACUUGCCUUUCUCUUUGCCUUGUUAGGUGCAUGAUCACAUUGUCUCGGUAUUUUCUUUCUUUUUUUAAUUUUUUAUUAUUGAUUAAUGUUAUUAGCACUUACCAUUUCCACAGAAACCUCAAAUGCAAUACGAUUAUUGGGCAGGAGCAUUUUCAGAAUGUGACAGAGAAUGAGAUGGUAUGGUACUGCAAAGCUGGAACAGUCUUUUCUUCAUGUCUUUUUUCGCAGAUCUUUCUGCCUAGUAUUUAUAUUGCAGGAAAGAGAGCCUUUAAAAGCUACACUAGUGCAAUAUUUGUUCAUGUCUUGUCACUGUUGAGAUGUUCUCCAGUACACAUCAGCUCUGUUUGCCAGGAGCAUCAAUCUCUCUAAAAGCCCUAUUUUGUGCGGAGUUCAUCCAACUGUUCAUUUGGAUACCUUUGCAUACCUUUUCAGAUACAUUGGGCUUCAAUUUUAGAAGUUGUCAUAUCACUGCUGUGAGGGGAUAGUACAUGAAAGCACAUAUCCCAUUAUUUAUAUGAAAAGGGUGUAGUGAACUAUUUGCACAGAUGAAUUUAAAAAAUAGGUGUUGGCACAUUUGAAAUUCGGUAAUAAAAGUUUUAUGGUACA